AUGCUGUUCUCUCUGGGACCGCUCAUCUACUUACUCUUCGUCGCCGACGCUCAGACCGUUGGGAGAUACUAUUCUCCAUCCCCGAAUUACAAACUCUGGGUGUACAUCGGGGAAGAUAAGUUGAUGAAUAUUAAGUUGUACUGUGGAUCGCCUUUUGUAACCACUUCCAAGCUGGGUCCAUUAACUCUCUCUCCCACUCGUCGUUCGGGACAGUACAACAUCGGCCCUGGCCACGAGAACUUCACCGCGGUCUUCGAAAGAGUCAGGAGUACGUGCCGCAAGGUCGAGCCCGUCAGUGGAGAUUUUCGUACUCUCACAUUCACAUCCGGUGACUAUAAUGAGAUGACUUUCGAGGGCAAGCGUGUCACACUCAAAAGGGUUGGGCUCGUCCCACAACCAGGCCACUAUCAAUAUCGUUAUAGAGGGAUGACUGUCAACUUGCUUGUCAAGAGUACUGUCUGGCCGUACGCAGAAUUCGCCGUGGAUUGUGAGAACAAGAAGAGCAGCGCUACAUUCCAACUUGUGGCUGACGGGUUCGUGAAGCACCCUUAUGUGUCCUACAACUUCAAGAAGCUCAGGGAUUCAGAAGAUCUUGAUCAAUUCAAGAAAAGAGUGAUGCAGAUAUGUAAAGUUAGAAUGGUCAAGAACGACUUCGCCAACAUCGUAUUCGCUGCCCCCUGGACGAUCUUCUCAGAAUUCUAUGGGAUGCGUAUAGCUUUUGAAGGGGUAUCUCAUAAUGGUUUGUAG